AGUUAUGUUCAGUUGUUUCAUUGAAUCAACUUUGCCUGGCUUGUCUAUGAAUUUAACUUUGGAAAAAGGGAAAAACAGUAUUUAUAACCGUAUAAUCACAUAUAAUAGUUUUUAAGGUAAAAAUGAAACAAUUUACUUAUUUGGUUUAAAAAGAAUAUAUUGACUUCAGUUAUAAUGGAACUAAUCAAAACCAAUCGCUUACAAUUGGUAAAAUGUUUUCGUUCUCUAUAUUCAAGUUUUUCUUCAGCUGGCUCAAACCAAACAAAAGAAGAUAUCAGAAAAGCUAAUUUACUGGCACGUGGGCUUCCCAAAGUAAAGCCUAUUCCUGGAGUAAAAGAAAUAAUUUUGGUUUCUUCAGGAAAAGGGGGUGUUGGAAAAAUUAAUUUAGCUGCAGUUUUAAAACUUAUUUUUCCACACAAACACAUUGGAUUAUUAGAUACUGAUGUGUUUGGACCAUCAGUACCAUUAAUGAUGAAUUUACAUGAUACUCCUGUUUUAAAUAAAGAUAAUAUGAUGUUACCACUUACGAAUCAUGGAAUAAAGUGUAUGUCGAUGGGUUUCCUGAUUCCAGAGGAUUCCUCUGUUGUUUGGAGAGGCUUAAUGGUAAUGCAGGCAUUAAAUAAAUUAAUGUGGCAAGUACACUGGGGUACUAUUGAUUACCUAAUUGUCGAUACACCACCAGGUACAGGAGACACCCAUUUAUCACUUAUUCAAAAUAUUCCCAUAUCAGGUGUUAUAUUAAUAACAACACCCCAAACAGCUUCCAUACAAGUUACAAAGAGAGGUGCAUCAAUGUUUCAAAAAUUAAAUAUUCCUAUAAUUGGAAUAGUUGAAAACAUGAGUUAUGUAAAGUGCACUUCUUGUUUGGAAAAAAUUAAAUUAUUUGGAACUGGAACAUCAAAAUUAAGUGAAGAUUUGGGUGCAACUAUUUUAGCAAGCUUUCCUUUAAAUGAUGAAAUUAAUAAAAGUGUUGAUGUGGGGACACCUAUUGUGGUAUUGAAUAAAGAUAGUGAAACGACUUUUCAAUUUCAAAAUUUAGCUGAGAAAAUUGUUAAGAAUUUAAUAAUGUAACUUCACCAUCAUCUCUGUGUUUUUGU